AUGAGCUCAUUUUGGACAGUCCUGACUUCGGCUUGUACAUAUCAUCGGAGACAGCACAGUCACCAACAACAACAACAACAGCAACAACAACAGCAGCAGCAGCAGCUAGUUGCGGCAAUGGCCGCCGUUUAUUCGAAUCCGAGCUCGCAUCCGGGAGCCUCAUUGGCUUCUCUCACUUCGGGUGCACUCCACCCGGCUUCACACUCACAUUCGCACCACCCUGCCUCUUUUCCGCCCCCGAACCAUCCUCAUCACCACCAAAACCACACACAUCCUCAUCCCCACCUUCAACCACACCACCAUUCACAUUCUCAUGCCGGCGCCCAUCACGCCCACCCGCAUCCCGGUCACCCGAGUCAUUUGAGCUCCAGCCACCUCUCUGCCGGGCUGCCCACCUCUCCAGGCGGCGGGCUCGUCGCUGGCCUGCCGCCCGGCAUUGGCAGUUUCCAGGCGCCCGCACUUUUGACUCCUGCCGCAGCAGCGGCCGCGGCAGCUCAUGCCCACGCCGCCGCCGCCGCGGCCGCCCAUGCAGCUGCAGGACAGUCUGCCGCCGGCCUUCCUGGCACUGCCGUGACGGCACAAACGGGGCAAGUUGGCGGCGGCUCCCCGGUCAUGCUGCAAAACGCCCUGGCGACUGCGGCUGCCUUGGCAGCCUCGAAUCAGGCUGCAGCAGCCGCGGCCGCAGCAGCCGCCGCCAACAGUCCCUUCCAUCAGGCAGCUGUCCUCGCCAGCCUCAUGGCAGCAGCCACCGCUGCCGCCAAUGGCAACUGUCUCAUUGAUCCUACGCGUGAGCCAUCUUCUUCUUUCUUACUCCAUUUUUUCGCAUAA